AUGGCAAAAGCACAAUUGGGUACAUCCAAAUAUCAAGCCAAGAAGCUCAAAGCAGCAGGGUUACAAAAGCUUAAAUACUACUGUCAAUUAUGUCAGAAACAAUGUCGAGAUGCUAAUGGAUUUAAAAACCAUUUGGCAUCGCCAUCACAUAUGGGAAGGAUAUCAAACAUACAAUCCCUGGGAGAAGCCAAAACACUCGUAGACACAUAUUCAAGUCAGUUUCAACUGGAUUUCAUAAAUCUACUUCGUAUUAACCAUGGAACUAAGAAGAUUAAUGCAAAUAGGUUCUACCAGGAGUAUAUUCAAUCUAAAGAUCACAUUCAUAUGAACAGUACCCGAUGGAAUAGUUUGACUUCAUUUGUGAAGUAUUUGGGUAAGAAUGGGAUAGUACGGGUGGAAAAUCCCAAUGAAGAAGAAUUCAAUCUUGAAAUAAGGUUGAUUGAUCAAUCACAACAACAAGUUAAGGAAUCUCGAGAGAAGGAAAUAAAGAAUGAUGAGGAGUUAACUGUAAAGUUAUUGAAUCAAAAGAUAAAACAAGGAAAAGAGAAGGAUUUGGAGUCUAAUGCAUCACAUUCACCACCGCCGCCACCACCGGUAACUGCUGUGGUUCUGGGACCAGUUAAACUUUCCCUUAAGUCGAAAAAGAAACUGGUAGCUCCUAAACUUACAUCGAUAUUUAAUCAAGAGUAA